AUGGCGUCUCCAGGUGAUGAUAGAAGUGCUACGACUCGACGACGCCGGGAUUAUCAAAGCAGAAGCACAGAAUCUUCGUCAGAUGCUCCACGGCCAUCACGCGAAACGGGAAAGGAGAGGCGAAGAAAUGGCGACGAGAAGCAAGGAACUCGUCGUGAUCGAGAAGAAAGUCAUGAAGACAACGAAUCUUCGCGGAGGAGGAGUCCUUGCCCUCGAGCUUACGAUGCGCCGCGAAGUGACCGAAGGGAUUACGACCAAUGCGAUCAUCGCGACGAGAAAUCACACUACAGCAAGCGCUCAGAUUCGCCACCAGCGAAGAGGCGUAGAAGAUCAUACAGCACAUCCAGAUCGCCACCACGAAAGUCACGCGCACCUUUACCAUCGCAAGACGAUUCUUUCCGCGGUGAGAAGGUCAUCGAAGGCGGAGCGCCAGCCGUAGAGAAGCAGAAGCCCAACUUCAAACCCACUGGCCUCCUAGCCAAAGAAGCCAACACAAUAGCCGGCACAACGACAGUACUAAAGUACCAUGAACCACCUGAAGCCCGCAAACCGCCUUCAAAGGAACAAUGGCGUAUGUACAUCUUCAAGGGCAAAGACCUCCUCGACACGAUUUACCUACACCAAAAAAGUGUCUGGCUCUGCGGUCGGGACCAGAAGAUCACGGAUCUCCUGCUCGAGCACCCGAGUAUCUCGAAGCAGCAUGCUGUUAUUCAAUUUAGGUAUAUCACCAGCACGAAUGAAUUUGGGGACAGAUCCAGUAAAGUCAAGCCUUACUUGAUCGAUCUGGACAGUGCGAAUGGGACGAUCUUAAAUGGGGAGAAGGUGGGAGGCAGUCGGUACAUGGAGUUGCUAGACGGAGAUGUGGUGAAGUUUGGGGAGAGUGAGAGGGAAUCCCGAAGCGGCACGCCCAACUCCACCACCACAUCCAUGUCCGAGCUCUCCACCGUGGCGAUCAAAGACGGACACCGCGGCCACCUCCCACACUACCACAUGCACAACCAAGGCCAGCCCUCAGGUCUAAGCCAUCAACUCGACGCCGAACGCGCUGAUCGCAUUUCGCGUCUUGCGGGUCUCGAGCGCGUGACCACGGCGAGGAAUCCCACGCCGCAGAAUUUGACGCCGGGGUAUGCCGCUCCGACGCACCAGCAGCCUACAUCUAACCCACCCGUGAGCUACUUCGAUUCUACAGGGAAUCCUGCUAUAGGGAGGGAGAGAAGUACCGUUGGUUCUGCGUCUGCGACGGGGAGUGUGGGUGCGAGGACUACGUGGGCGGGGAGUGAAGUCGGGGAUGUGGACAAGAUGAGCGAGAGUCAGGAUCAGGAUAUGGAUAUGGAUACCUCAUCCGUCGGCGGCAUGUCUGAAGAAGGGACUGGGAGUCUGGUAGGCUUCGGCGAGGGCGCGAGAACACCGGCACGGCAGAGCAUUAUCAGUAACCCGAACCAGAUGGCCAAAGGCUCGACGCCUACCGCCCGUGAUACGAGGAUGGCGGGUGAAAGUGCGAUGGGCGGAGGGUACGAUCAGCAGGGUAUGGAGGGUGUGGAGCCUGGGAGGAGAAACUUUGCAAGUACGGGCGGUGUAGAGCAGGCGGAGAGGAUUGUGCGCGAGCAUAUGGACACUACGAGUAACGAUCGCAUGAGAGAGGGAAAUGUGCAGGCUGCUGAGUUGGGCAAGUUUGGGUUUGAGAAGUAG